AUCGCACUAUGUAUGGUCUCUUUGGCUACAGCCGGUGGUCAGUUCGGAUUUGGUGGAUCUGGAGGCGGCAUUGGAGGUGGACUUGGUGGUGGGUUUAGCACCGCGACUUUGGCACGUCAGGAGCAGUAUGACCCACCGCAACCGUACAGUUUCGGCUACGACAACCAAGACCAGUACGGCACCAAGUCGUACCACAAAGAACAGGGUGACGCUUCUAACGCAAAAACCGGCACGUACGGGUAUUCGGAUGCCAACGGUAUCUAUCGCCAGGUGAAGUACGUCGCCGACGCUGGUGGAUUCCGCGCAAGGAUCGACACCAACGAGCCCGGAACUGCCCCUGGGGCCAGCGGUGAUGCCCAGUACAACGCCAACCCUCUCCCAGCUGGCCGGCAGUACCGUGUCAUCGGUGGCUCUUCGCCCUUCUCGGCUCCCUACACAAGCGCAUCUACUAACAGCGGCUUCGGUUAUGUUGGUUCCUGGGCUGGAUAAGCCAAUGCGUGAUUUAGGGUAGACUUUAUUGAAGAACUUCUGUGGCUAUUCGCACUGUUCUUCAGUCAACUGAACAGCCAAGCACGCCACUGAAGAAGUUGACCCUUCGCACAGAAAC